AUGGCCGUCGAAACCCCAGCAUUCGUUCUCGCAGCUCUCACCGCUGGAGGAGGCAUCACAGGCUACGCUCGUACGGGCUCUGUCCCAUCUAUCGUCGCCGGUGUACUUGUCGGUACACUCUAUGGUGUCGGUGGAUUCCGCAUCCAGAACAACCAGCCCUACGGCGUCGAGCUCGCACUCCUCGCUUCUCUCGUCCUCGCAGGAAGCUCUAUCCCCCGCGCUAUCAGACUGCAGAAGCCACUCCCGAUAGGUCUGAGCGUUUUGGCGCUCUAUGGGUUGUACACGUAUGGGACUGUGUAUAGCUCGAGGGCGUGA